AUGAACAGAUUGCUAUUAUUGUCAUUCAAGACACCAUUCACACUUGGUACCAAUUCAGAAAUUGGAUCUGGUUCAGAUUGUUCCAAAAGGUCAGACCAACACUUAAGAGAAGAAGAGUUGAUGAAGAACUCGCAGCCAAAAACAAAGAAAUUGAAGCUUGUUGAAGAAAUUGCUGAAGAAAUUGCAAAGAGAGAAGCCGCUGAGAAGGCACUUGCUGAGAUGAAAAUCAAGAACGUCGACUUGGUAGCUUUAGUCCAAAAACGAAAUAUUGAACACAAAGCAACUAUUGCUAAGAGGAAUAGUGUCAUCACUGAGUUGAACAAAAACAUUGAAGAUAAGGAAGGCGAAAUUUCUGACUUGAAGAACAAGCUUGAAGCCGAAGAAGACAAUUCAAAGGAUCUUGAGACACAAUUGUACGAGAAGGAAGACGACACUGCUGAUUUGGAGAAGGAGGUUGCUGCGUUGAAAGACCAGAACACUCAACUUGAUGCUGCUAAGAAGGAUAUGAAACAGUGGUCUAUCGAACGCAACGAAGAUUGA